GAUGUUGUGCUGCAGUCAUGCCUCUCACUGCCAGCCUGCACUGGGAUAAUAAUCAGUCACUAUGAAAACUCAUUAGCUCCACAGCAAUGAGUCCUCCACUGCUGAAGCUUGGUGCUGUCCUUAGUACCAUGGCAAUGAUCUCUAACUGGAUGUCCCAAACUCUCCCAUCUCUGGUAGGACUAAACACCACCAGAAUUACCACUUCAGGUACUCUAGUAAGUAGCUCUGAUGUGUUGCAAGCCAUCUUAAUGCUGAAAUAGUAUUUAAGUGCCAGCAAAAGCUUUAGUUUGUUGCCUCUUUGUAAAUCUCUUUCUAAGCUACUAAUCUUCCUGUCAGCACUUAAUGCAUGCUUCUCUUUGGGCAUCAUAAAACUGCACACUGGUGAGCAUGUUGUGAUCUUACUAUGAAAAGAAAGCUUUUAAAAUAGCAUCCUUAAAUAUUUCAGAACAAAUGCCUUCAUCUUGAGUGUGAAAUGCUAAAAAUAGUACAGGAAUUUCAUUUGUCUUGACCUUUUUUCCUAUGUUUGCUGUUCUAGAAAAAUGUAUUGCAUUAUUAAGGAAAAAAAAAAUACCUGGCAGUAGGUUUCUUUUUGUCUGAAUAAUUUUAUAUAUUAGCUAUUCAUUACAAUAUGGAAGAGGUCUGAUUCUUUCCUAUUUUUCUUCAUCAGAGUACAGUUGAGCAAAUAAACAGCUGUUAGAGACACAAUAAAAUUGGUACUGGGAGGCUGGGUGCCAGAAUUUUAGAAAGACUGAUAUGGGAAGAAUACAAAUGACACAGCACUUUGUAUCAUUGAUGCUCACAUACAGCAGCCUCUGUUAAUAAAGACCUACAGAAAAGCUGUGAUUAACUACUCAUGAGAAGCCUAAAAAUUAAAGUAAUACUUAAAUUGGACAAGAGGGAACACUAUACUGGUAUCCAUAAAUUAAAGUCCAAUACCAUUUUCCUAAAUGGUUAGUACAACACUCUGUAUCUUUUUGUGUGACUGCAACUAGAUGUUUACAUAAUAGUAUGUUAUGUAAAAUGUAAAUUUAACUAUUUGUACAGUAGUGCACUAUGCUCAGAACUUAGCUUUUUAGUUGUAACUAAAAAGGAUGCAUUUACUUAUAGAUGUUUAGUUAAUUGAAUAUAUGCAUGUAGAAAAUCACUGCAUUUAGACUUUAAAUAUUACUACUUCAAAAUUAAUUGAAUGGUGCUGUGAGAAAGAAUUCUGUUGUGGUUUAGAGCAGCAAGAAUUGGUGAGAAGACAAGAAAAAGUUCACUUUUAUUUUCCUUAAAUUUCACUUAUGCUUAUUGAAUGACAGUAUAUAUUCCUAGUUCUUGUGGCAAUAUGAUAAGUAAUAAAGUUCUCUAUCACAUUUAAAUCCAAGUUUAAAGUUACAACUGACUACAAGAUGCACACUAGUUAUUAUAACAUACACAAACAUGUAAUUAUACAUACACACACACGUGUUUAUACAUGUUAACACAUUCAGGUUCCAAGUAAACUGUCAUGCUUCCCUUGGCUACAACAGAGCACUGCUGAUGUAAAUGCCUGCUAAGUAUUAUUUCAGUGAUGCUCUUUGCACUCAUUGAAUUGAAGUUACAUGCAUAUUUUGUGUUUCAAGAGGUAUAGCCAGGAAAUUAGCAUAAAAACUGGAUUAUCUGAGCUUGGCAACAUCUACCAAGUAAAACAAAUACAAACUUCAGUCACGUGGGGUUCUUUCUGCAUAAAACCAAGCACCACAAACCUGUGAUCUUUCUCUGUCUCUAAACAUUAGAUGUUGGCUGAGAGACUUCAUGCUCCAGGUGCUCAGUAAUACUGAGGUCAUCACUGAGUGGUUUUUAACUGCCAUCAAGAGUUGUCCACUGGCAGCUUGUCCAAUGAACAGUGCAGCACAUGCACUUCUCCAGAAUGUCUCUCCUAGCAGAUACGCAGCUUAUAAAUGUGUAUAUAGUACCAGGAAAAAAAACCAACCAAAACUUCCCAAUUUCCUCCCUUCUGGAAGAAUUGUACAAGGAGGUGGGAUCAGGGAAAGGGCCUCCUCUUUUGAGCUCUCUUUCAGUCCAGGAUUGAAAUUACAAGACAAACUGGUAAUAUACUGUUUAUAUUUAAGCAACCAUAUUGAAGUAUACAUACUGCCAUUUGUCCUGUCAUUAGUAAAAAUGGAGGUAGGAGUUUUAUCAGAAUAUAUAAAAGGGCAAGUGAAAAACUAAAUAUUUUGGAGGUAAGUGAAGUGAGUCUGUGGCACAGCAGCCUGCCAAGGCAAUGGUUAAUACUGAUCUUUAUAGGGACUCCUCUGUUUUCCCAGAUUUUCAAGAACUAGCAUAAUUAUUGUUGCUAUUCUCCACUUGUUCGUUCUUUCCCUGCUUGUUUACUAAGGCCUGUCAGCAGUAAGCCUGCAUCUGAAGAGUAGAUUCAGUAGCUUCUGUAAGGUUCUAAUGUCUUCUAGCUCGUUCCCUGCAUGGCACAGCAGUUUCUACUUGAGGUAGGGGUUAAAUGUCAAACUGAAAAAAUAACACAGAACCUACAGACACACUUGUUUUUCUCUGUGAUCACUCAGCCUAAUUAAUGAAGAAACCCUAAUAGCCCAAAUACAGGGAACCACAGAAUACCAAAAAGAACUGUAGCCUAAACUGUAGGAGUACUAUGUGAGUGCUUAUUUAUGCAGAGGCAGCAAAUAACCAGAUUGGGCCUGACAGUCUGUCAUUGUGAGAAAUAUUUUACCAAAUAUCAGUUACUUUUUCAAAUCAAGCCAUAUGUUAGACACCAUAAGAAAAUAUCUGCUAAGUCAAUCAGUUAAGUUGCGGGUUUUCCCUUAGGUAAAGCCAAAAGAGAUACCCAUGACAUAAGUACCUUUGAUAACACAGCCUGGAUUAUAAUGGCUUUACUAUAGACUGUGCAUGAUCCUGGUAUCUCAUACAUUUCUACUUUAGAAAACUUACUGGAAUGCAGCAAAACCAGUUGCUACCAAUCUAAACGUAGCAGGUAUAAGGCUCAAAUAUCACAAUUUUUCAUAAACUCAUGUGAAGUAUUUCUGUCCUAAAGGAACUAUAAUCACAAACUCUAUGCUCCUGAGUGGGUUGCUGAACUUCAGUGAGAAUUACACUUCCUUGCUUUUGCAUGACAACACUGUCUGGGCAUAAGUUCUAUAGAGUAUCCUGGAAACUACUGGUAUGAAUAGAGUUUACACUUCACAAGGGUUACCAGCCUUGAUAGGCUUCACUUGUUGAAGCUCACAAUUUUAGUAGCUGCUCAAAAUCAAUUUAAAUGGUCUCUGCAGAUGUAAUUUUGUCUAGUGUGUAUUGUUCUCCAUGUCUUAAACUAGAUUCCCUUAGCCCUAAAAGUUAAGGUAAAGAGAGGCAGUAUAAUUUAGCACUGAUCUCUGGAUACACUUUUCUAGCAAACCUGAAGGCAAAUUCAGCUGUCCUCUUUUUGCAGUUAUCUACAUUAUGACCCUUCGGUUUUCCUUGCAAAACACGAGAACAAUACCCUUUUAUCCAAAUACCAUUUUGAUUUCUCAAUUAACUACAGUAGAAGGGGUCACUGCUAUCUUCAAUGACUUCUUCAGAAGAGUCAUUGAAGAUGAAAAGUCUGUGCUCUUUUCUAACCUCAGUCUACAGGGACAUGCACCUCUUCUGAGGUGAGGAACUCUGCAACUAAUUCUGCACUGAGCUGCCAGUAAAGCAUCAAUAUCUAAGCUUGCAAGUUUAAAUAAUCAUUCUCACUGCUGACACUGAGCACAGUUUUAUAAUGUAACUAGUAAUUGAUUCCAACUGUGUCCAGCCCAAAAUUACUUCAUGGCAUCAUUAGCACCUGUACUAUGAAACUCAGUAGUCAGUACUGUAUUAUUAGGAAUGAAUAAUGAGCAAUAUUAACUUUAAAUUACAGUUUUAAAAGAAAGUUAAAAAAAAAAAGAAAAAUCACUUCUGGUGUCCGUUAGUUUUCAUUCCAUCACCUGAAUCUUUUCAAUCAUCUAUUUCUAUUGCUUUCUCUCACUCUUAUGCUGUGCAUUUCUAUACAUCCCAUUAGACAGACAGAUACCUAGUCUCACGAGGUAUCACACAGACUUUAACUGCAGUGCAUUGCUAGCCUGCUCUGUAAGCAAAUGUGAUUUUUUUUUGGUUUUCUUUCUCAGUCAUGGUGGCUGUAAAAAAGAACAGGUUAGAAACUUCCAGCAUUAUUCUGUCCUAGUGAAGGAUUUGCAAUGUCUUAAUUGCACUGUGCCAUUCUUGCCAUGACCACCAUUCCCCUUAACUAACCACACACCCUGGAGCAAGCUGCUCUUCCCUUUGGUGUCUGUGCAGUAGAAGUCAACGAAGAAUGGUUUUCUGCAUGCUGCGUCUUUAAAAGCAAACCUGUUACCCCACACUCCAAACUGCUGCUGAGCCAAUUCCCAGCGUGUGAGUCACAUACACAGUGCUCCCUCUUUGGGCUUUUUGAUUUGUUCAUUCCUGUCUUUGUUGUUUCCAUUAGUCUAAAGCAAAAGUCAUUCAGGCUGAAAGGACAUGUUUGUUCUCUGCUGCUGAAAAACUGUCACAUCCCUUUGCAAAGAAUUAAAUCACCUAGUUUGUGCUGAAUCGCAAGCCGAAAACUGUUCUCAUCACCCUUGGAAACUGUGUGUGCUGGACACUUCUCAAGAACCAUUACAGAGACUCAGAUUAGCCCCAAGGAAGGGUGGCAAGUUUAUAGCUCAGCCCAGGAUCCUGACGGCCGUUGUAUUUGCACUGUUGUUGCACCUGAACAAAACCUGUGUUCAAGAGAUGCCAAAAGCAGGCAACUCAGACAACUGCUAGAGAAGGUUCAGAAUAUGUCUCAAUCUAUUGAAGUUUUAAAUCUACGGACUCAGAGGGAUUUCCAGUAUGUUUUAAAAAUGGAAACACAAAUGAAAGGGCUGAAGGCCAAGUUUCGGCAAAUUGAAGAUGAUCGGAAGACAUUAAUGACAAAGCAUUUUCAAGAGUUGAAAGAAAAGAUGGAUGAGCUCCUGCCACUGAUCCCAGUUCUGGAACAAUACAAAACUGAUGCCAAAUUAAUUACCCAGUUCAAGGAGGAAAUUCGGAAUCUGUCUACUGUUCUCACUGGGAUUCAGGAAGAAAUUGGUGCUUAUGACUAUGAGGAACUACACCAGCGUGUACUCAGUUUAGAAACCAGGCUUCGAGACUGCAUGAAAAAGCUGACAUGUGGCAAAUUGAUGAAAAUUACAGGCCCCAUUACAGUCAAGAUAUCCGGAACCCGAUUUGGAGCCUGGAUGACAGAUCCAUUAGCAUCAGAGAAAAAUAACCGAGUCUGGUACAUGGAUAGUUACACUAACAAUAAAAUUGUCCGUGAAUAUAAAUCAAUUGCAGACUUUGUCAGUGGGGCUGAAUCAAGGACAUACAACCUUCCAUUCAAAUGGGCAGGAACCAACCAUGUUGUCUACAAUGGCUCCCUCUAUUUCAACAAGUAUCAGAGCAAUAUCAUCAUCAAAUACAGCUUUGACACUGGGCGGGUGCUUGCACAGCGUAGCCUUGAGUAUGCUGGCUUUCACAAUGUCUACCCUUACACCUGGGGUGGCUUUUCCGAUAUUGACCUGAUGGCAGAUGAAAUUGGGCUAUGGGCUGUGUAUGCCACCAACCAAAAUGCAGGCAACAUUGUCAUCAGCCAGCUAAACCAGGAUACACUGGAGGUGCUGAAGAGCUGGAGCACAGGCUACCCAAAGAGAAGUGCUGGAGAAUCCUUCAUGAUCUGUGGCACCUUAUAUGUUACUAACUCUCACUUAACAGGAGCCAAGGUCUACUAUUCUUAUUCCACAAAAACCUCUACUUACGAGUAUACAGACAUUCCUUUCCAUAAUCAGUAUUUUCAUAUAUCCAUGCUUGACUACAAUGCAAGAGAUAGAGCUCUCUAUGCCUGGAAUAAUGGACAUCAAGUCCUGUUUAACGUCACCCUUUUCCACAUCAUUAAAACUGAAGAUGACACAUAAUUUCCUUUCCCUUCCUUUUCCCUCACCUUCCUCCCUCAAAGCAGUGUCAUUUGUGAUAAAUUCUAAAAACAUCCACCUCUCUCAGUUCCUUUUAAUUUACAUUUCUUUUUUCAUUAAGGAAAAGCAACAUUUUCAACCAUAUAAUGCAUUUCAAAUAGGGCUGAACCUGUCAAAAAUGACCUAUUGGAAAUAAAAGCAUCUUAACUCAUGAUUCUACAAGGUCGCUCAAGACCUUGUCUUGAAAAGCACUAAAGAGGAUUUAAGUAGCUAAAGACAGUUUUUAAAAGAUUAUGACCUGCCUUAUUUUAGAGUCAGAGACAACAGUGGCUUACAUGCAUGAAUGUCUUUUUUUUACCUCAUUUUUGUUUUGAAUCUAUUGCUCAACUUCAGGUAGCACCAGACACACACUGCACAUUGUAUUUUUUUUAUUUAUUCCAAAAGAAAGAUUUAGGAAUUUCAUUGACUUGGACAUGGAGUCUGAUUCAUUUUGCCAUCACCCAAUUUCAGAUGUGGUGCUGUACGGUAUGUUUUUAAAUCUCUUGCAAACAUUUUAUCAACAGUGUAUUUCUACCAUUGUAACCACCAUUGUGCAAUUGUAUCUCUUCACAUAUGUGAAAGUAAACUAAGUACUAUUUUUUAUAAAAUAUAUUGAAGUUUAAUUGCA